AAAGCAAGAGCAAUUCUAACAGCUUUUCACUCCUAAAUUUUCAAGCUCUUCAAAAUCUCUCUCACAGAAUCCAUGGCUCGUAGAGUAAGAACACCGUUGAAUUUCUUUGUUCUGAUACUGAUUGUUCUUCCAACUUUGGUAUUCGCAAUUCGAACUCUGAGAAAUGCGCCUUUAAGUGAGGAAGAUCGUCAGUACAAUGAAGGAGAUUAUAUUCCUCUGUUCGCCAACAAAGUUUAUUCUAAUCAAGAAGAUUCAUGUGAGGAAUAUUCAUAUUUUGAUUUGCCAUUCUGCUCUCCUGGAGGAAUUCUUUUGGAGAUGUAAUGGUAGAUGCUACAGGGAUUAUUUGUCCAUGUCAUAUUCAUGGUAAUGCAUGUAGAUGUCCUCAGUACCUACUUGGGGCCAUUCUGGGUGUUGGAAAACAGUUCAUUAUGUAAGCCAUAUCUGCCACAUGCUUGCUAAUUCAAUUUUGUUUCCCCAAUUCUGAAUUCUCGCGUCUCUUGAUAACACUU